CGUGCGGGAAAAUGUUUACCCACAAGUCAAGUUUUAAAAUCCACAUAAGGACUCAUACAUGGCUGAAGCCAUUCAGAUGCAUCACAUGCGGGAAAAUGUUUACCCAGAAACCAAGCUUUAAAACCCACAUAAGGACUCAUACAGGGGCGAAGCCAUUCAAAUGCACCACAUGCGGGAAAAUGUUUACCCGGAAGACAAGUUUACAAAUGCACGUAAGGACUCAUGCAGGGGAGAAGCCAUUCAGAUGCACCACGUGCGGGAAAAUGUUUACCCGGAAGUCAAGUUUUAAAACCCACAUAAGGACUCAUGCAGGGGAGAAGCCAUUCAGAUGCACCACAUGCGGGAAAAUGUUUACCGAUAUGUCAAAUUUUAAAAGGCACAUAAGGACUCAUACAGGAGAGAAGCCAUUCAAAUGCACCACAUGCGGGAAAAUGUUUACGCGGAAGACAAGUUUACAAAUGCACGUACGGACUCAUACAGGGGAGAAAUCAUUCAGAUGCACCACGUGCGGGAAAAUGUUUACCCACAAGUCAAAUUUUCAAACGCACGUAAGGACUCAUACAGGGGAGAAGCCAUUCAGAUGCACCAUGUGUGGGAAAAUGUUUUCUGAUAAGUCAAGUUUUACAAGGCACGUAAGGAGUCAUACAGGGGAGAAGCCAUUCAGUUGCACCAUGUGCGGCAAAAUGUUUACCCGUAAGUCAAGUUUUAAAAAGCAUGUAAUGACUCAUUCAAGGGAGACGCCAUUCAGUUGCCGCGAUUGUGGAAAUGGUUUCAGCUCAGAAUGGCAUCUCAAACGACACGCCGUGAUCCACAAAGGUGAGAGGCCUCACAGCUCACUGCAAAAAGAAGUUAACUGA